AAUUACUAGUCAUCAAAAAAUUAAUCAUUUUUCAUACUCAUCUUCAUUUCAUAGCAUAGAAUGAGCGAAGAAUUACACACUGAAAUACUGUUUAAAAAUAGUGAUGAAAACUUUAAUGAAGAUUCAUUAGAAGAAUCAACUGACGAAAAUAAUUCUAAUACAUCAUUGAAACAACAAGCAAAACACUGCAAGAAACGACCCAAUUCGAACCAAAAAAAGAAAGCAACUCCCAAAGAAGAAACAGACUUAAAAACAUUUAAGGAAGAAACCAUCCAAGAAAUUAAAAGGCUGUACAAAAAACUGAUAUUGGUGGAAGCGUCAGACCCGAAUAGUUUUAAGUCAUCACUUGCAUGUUUAAAGGGAACUAACAAAAAGUUAUCUCCGAAAAAAAUUAAGAAAAAGGACAAAAUUGGAGGUCAAAUUACAUGUAAAAGGCUUAAGCACGAUUAUAAAUUAGUUGACAAGAAGACUUUAGGAGAAGAAUCUUCAUCAAUGGAGAAUCCAGAAAAUAUUUGUAAUACCCAUGAAUCAGAUAGUUCACAAAUUAGGGAUUAUGUAAAUAAUCACACAUGCAAAAGACUGUGCAAACAUUCAAACGAAUAUAAAAGACAUACUCCAAAAAUACCAGUGUCUCAUGAGCAAAGGUACCAAUACCAACAUGCUGAUGACGAAGAAGAAAAGACUCAUGACUGCACUGCACAUUAUAAUCAUCAUAAGCAAUGCAAACAUCAUCAUCAUGUGCGUAAGAAUUCCAUAAGCCACAGAACUCAUGAUAAACCAUAAAUUCAAUACUAAUAUAGCAAAUCAAAAAUUUUAUAUAA